CAAAAUCCUAAAAUUUCUUCUUUUCUCUCAUCUCCUUCAGAUCCCAAAACCGCACCCAUUCUCGUGAUCUCUCUGUUAUCUGAAUUGCAACCUUCCCCUUUCUUUUUCAAGCUUCUGUUAUCGAAUUGCAUCACUGCGUUUAAAUCUGUCCCUCUAGGGCAGGAAGAUGAACUACCUAUUGACGACGCUGACGAAGAAGCAAGAGGUGGAUUCUCUCAUCAGAUCCACCAUCGACAAAGUCCUCGUCCUCCGCUUCGGCCGAGCUUCCGAUUCCGUCUGCCUCCUCCUCGACGACGUCCUCGCCAAAACGGCGCGAGAGGUCUCAAGGUUCGCAGCAGUUGCGCUCGUGGAUAUCGAUUCGGAGGACAUUCAAGUCUACGCCAAAUACUUCGACAUCACUCUGAUUCCAUCGACGGUGUUCUUCUUCAAUGCCCACCACAUGAAGAUGGACUCGGGAACAGCGGAUCACACCAAAUGGGUCGGUGCGUUUCAGCGAAAACAGGACUUCAUUGAUGUCGUGGAGGCGAUUUUUAGAGGAGCUAUGAAAGGGAAGCUGAUCGUGAGCUGCCCGUUGCCGCCGGAACGAAUACCCAAAUAUCAGUUGCUGUACAAAGAUGUGUAGGAGUUGCACAACUCAGGAGUUUUGAUCAGGUGUGAAGUCGUUCUUGAUGUUGAACGUCUCACGGAUCUCUUCAGGUGUCUUUCCCUUGAUCAUCUCCGCCACAGUUUGGGCG